UUUAAACUUCAAAUUUGAAACACAAACAAAAAGUAAAAUUACAUUUCUUUUUUGCCAAAUAGAAUAAAAAUUCAUAUAAAAAAAUGGUUAUUCCAGAAGUAGAAGAGGUUUUGAUAAAAUACAAAAAACAGGAGGAAAAAAUUCAGUCAAUUUUAAAAACGGAUAAUACAACAAAACAAGAUGCAUCUUUGUCUCAUUUAAACAAAAGUCAACCGAUUAGAAUUUCGUUUGAAGAAGCUCAAAUAAGAAACAAACAAAUCUUAAAGGAAUUAGAGUUUGUAAAAGGAAACCUUAGGUCGAAGGCGAUAUUUAGCCCUACAGAACUUCAAUGGGAGAAGGUUUGUCAAGACUAUCAAAAAAAUCCUUCUUUGCCAGUUAAGACUUGGCAUUGUCACCUACCAGUGUUUGUGUAAAAUUAAUUAUUAUUAACAAUAAAAUAAAACAACAUAAAUAACAAAA